GCGCUUCGUGAAAUUAUCCGAGCGCAACUGUCAGUGUCCAAACAUUUUGAUUUUUUUACAUAAUUUCUUGGGUUACAAACUGAUUCACAAUUGUAUAGCAUUAGCUACUGGUUGCCAACUUUCACUUAAGCCACAUAAAACAUUUUGUAGAUAGCUAGUGGUAGCGCAGUAAUGUUAUGAGGGUGAUGAUGAUGGUCGAUUUUACGGGCUGACAUUAUUGUUGGGUUGAGUUGUGGUUUUAGACGGGAGAGGGACACAUAUAUUGUUGGCUAAAUUGAAGAACCCAAAUUAGCUAGCUAUUGUGCUAACCCAGGGGGAAACAACAAUGCCAGAAGCGAACUGGCUUCUAACUAGCUAGCCAAGCGAAUGUUAGCUAGCUUGUACAGUAAAUGACCUAGUUAACGUGUGUUUACUCCGACAUUUAGCUACGCUAUCGUAGCUAGCUAACGUUAGCUAAGGGUUAACCAGAGUACCGUUAACUAGCUAACUAACAGUUAGCUGGAGACUUGGUCUCAGGUUGCAAGUACAUUCUAUCUAGCUACAUUAACGUUAGUUAUCCAGAUCUAGCUAAAGUUAGUUAUCGUUAGCUUGCUAGUCUAGCGUCUAGUUAAACUGCAGCAACACAGGCUACACGUUAGCUGCUAGGUAAUUUUAUUUCGGGAACGACAACUUCAUUCAGGGGUCUGUCUUGUUUGCCUUCCUAUCUGGGAUUUCACCGAUUUGCUUCCAUCUGUUAAACUGAGGAUUCACAAAACCUGGUGGCUGGUGAAGGUGUGACAUCCUCGCCCAGUGCUAUUCAUCGAGGAGCUACAAUCUGAUUGAACCGUUUGGAUUGCGGCCGGCGGGCUGGCUCCUCCUCCUCCCGGCAGCAGCGUGCGCUCCCAGCCGCCCGCCCUGCGCCCCCCAGCCCGCGCCCCUGCCACCCCCACCAGAUCCUCUAACGCCAUGUGCCUCUCCCACACCAUGGAAGGAGCAUCAGGGAAGAACGGAACGAGCCAGGCAGGGUUAGGACUGGGGCAGGGCCAGGCAGGGUUAGGACUGGGGGCACUGGGGCAGAGCCAGGCAGGAUUAGGACUGGGGCAGGGCCAGGCAGGGUUAGGACUGGGGGCACUGGGGCAGGGCCAGGCAGGGUUAGGACUGGGGGGCCAGGCAGGGCUGGGGGGCCCGGCAGGUUUAGGGCUGGGGGGCCAGGCAGGUUUAGGGCUGGUUGGCCAGGGCCCGGCAGGUUUAGGGCUGGGGGGCCAGGCAGGGUUAGGGCUGGGGUUUGGGACAGGCCUGGGGCUGGGGGGCAGGCGGUGUGGAGGGGUGCCUCUAGAACCCUUCGUACACCAGGUAGGAGGACACACCAGUAUGAUGCGCUACGACGACCACACGGUGUGUAAACCACUCAUCACCCGGGAGCAACGCUUCUACGAAUCGCUACCGCCUGAGAUGAAGGAGUUUACACCGGAGUACAAAGGCAUGGUGUUGGUGUGUUUCGAGGGGGACAUAGACGGCUACAUCAACCUGGUGGCGUACCCGUACGUGGAGAGUGAGGGCCUGGACCACGAGGACCUACCGGAGAGGGAACAACCGCGAAGGAAACACUCCCGACGGAGCCUUCACCGCUCCACCUCCGAGAUCAAGGAGGAGAGGCUACCGCACGAGAGUGACAGCACUGAGAAUCUCCAGGAACUGAAGAGUCCUCGUCUAGAGCUCCAGAUCUACAGUGAUAUUCCCUUCCAGAUGCUGGAUAAUAACAGCGGCCUGGGCUCAGAGAAGAUCAGCCACAACCCCUGGAGUCUCCGCUGUCACAGGCAGCAGCUCAGUCGCAUGAGAUCAGAGUCCAAGGACAGGAAGCUCUACAAGUUCCUGCUCCUGGAGAACGUGGUUCACCACUUCAGCUACCCGUGCAUCCUGGACCUGAAGAUGGGCACGCGGCAGCACGGGGACGACGCCUCGGAGGAGAAGGCAGCCAGGCAGAUGAAGAAGUGUGAGCAGAGCACCUCCGCCACCCUGGGCGUGCGAGUCUGUGGAAUGCAGGUGUACCAGAUGGAUACGGGCCACUAUCUGUGCAGGAACAAGUACUACGGCCGCAGCCUGUCCAUCGAGGGUUUCCGCCACGCCCUCCACCAAUACCUGCACAACGGGGCGUCGCUCAGGAAGGACCUGUUUGAGCCCAUGCUGUGUAAACUACGUAGCCUGAAGGCCGUUCUGGAGAGACAGAUCACCUACCGUUUCUACUCAUCCUCCCUGCUCAUCAUCUAUGAGGGGAAGGAGCCUGAGCUGGCCCACGUCUGGCAGAAAGCACCACGGCUUGUACCACAGCCAGCCGCUGAGAUGCCCUCCGAGAAGGAGGAGGUGGUGCUGGUCAAACCAGGAGUUGGAAUGAGUGUCCAGGGACCGGGGUUACUAUUGGGUCUCCAAACGGUCCAGAGACCGAUCGAAGAACCCCUCCAGCUCCCGCAGUCUCUCCUACCACCACCACACUGCCCCACCACCCCUCCACAGCCACAGCAGCCUCUCUCGGACCCUCACCGCCCACCUCGUCCUCAAACCCGCCCCUCCAGCCCUAGCAUCAGUGUGGACGUCCGCAUGAUAGACUUUGCCCACAGCACCUUCAAAGGUUUCCGUGACGACCAGACGGUGCACGACGGGCCGGACCGAGGCUACGUGUUUGGUUUGGAGAGCCUCAUCAAGAUCUUGGAGGGCAUAAAGGAGGAGAACCUGUAGCAGUAGAACCUGUAGCGGUAGAACCUGUAGCGGUAGAACCUGGGACUGACACAUUGGAUGUGUCUCAAAGGGUAUUCCCUAUUCCCUUUAUAGUGCACUACUUUUGACCAGGGCCCACGGGGCUCUUUGACCAGAGCCCACGGGGCCCUUUGACCAGGGCCCACGGGGCUCUUUGACCAGGGCCCACGGGGCUCUUUGACCAGGGCCCACGGGGCUCUUUGACCAGGGCCCACGGGGCUCUUUGACCAGGGCCCACGGGGCUCUUUGACCAGGGCCCACAUGGCUCGGGUCAAAACAAGUGCACUGUGUAGGGAAUAGGGUACCAUUUGGAACGUACCAAUGGCCUUCGUUCAGGAGAAGAGAACCCGUAGCGGUAACCUGACACAUCUUCAUCCUGCGUCUUCAGAUCUGUCCACCCUCCUCAUCCUCCUCCUCUCCUAAAGUGCUACUACCCCUAUCCUUGAUGAUGACAUUUGGAGAAGGAAAGAAAAGGUCAGAAUGAAUAUGAAAACAAGAAGAACCUGGGUGAUGGAGUGGAGUCUGACUGUAAAGGUUAAAGGUCAUGACCGUAGGCUGUAAAGGUCACUCCUCUCUGACUGUUGUGCUCCUUCUAGAUUAGACUCAUGAGAAACGUACAGGGAGCAUCUACAGUCCUGUUAUAUCCUCUCUGCUAGAUUAGACUCAUGAGAAACGUACAGGGAGCAUCUACAGUCCUGCUAUAUCCUCUCUGCUAGAUUAGACUCAUGAGAAACAUACAGGGAGCAUCUACAGUCCUGUUAUAUCCUCUCUGCUAGGUUAGACUCAUGAGAAACGUACAGGGAGCAUCUACAGUCCUGUUAUAUCCUCUCUGCUAGAUUAGACUCAUGAGAAACGUACAGGGAGCAUCUACAGUCCUGUUAUAUCCUCUCUGCUAGAUUAGACUCAUGAGAAACGUACAGGGAGCAUCUACAGUCCUGUUACGUCCUCCUGCACAGAGAUGGCUGCCAUUCCUCUGAAGGAAAAACAGAGGGAAAAUGUCUGUUUGCCUUGUGGGUUUGUCGCCGCUAUGUGGCCAGCUGAAGUAUUGCAGGGUUUGGUUUGAAAGUAAAGCAGCUACUGCUCAGGGCAAGUCCAGGUCCAGGGCCUUUUCUUUGUCUCAAAUGUCAACCCUAUUCCCAUUAUAGUGUGCUACUUUGGACCAGGGCCCAUAGGGAAACCCAUAAGGCUCUGGUCUAAAGUAGUGAACUAUAUAGGGAAUAGUGCCAUUUUUGCCCGUCUCUGGUGUGGGACUGGUACAGGGAAGAGGUACCCGUCUAUCUGUGUGUGUUGAGGGUUGGU